UGAUGGAAAGAGGCACAUUCAAGGAAAAAUGUUCUGCAUUAAAAUGGUCACCUAUUUUGCUGUGAACAAUUUGUCUUGAGAUAGUCUUCCCGAUAUUCCUAAGAUUCCCCCUUAUUUAUCACUUCUCUCUCUGCAGAUGUUCAGUCUGCCUAUCUCUUUCUUCCCCUUACUCUCUCUGCCCGUCCCAAAUUUCUGGUUCCCCUAACUUUCAGGCCUCACAUUACCUGAAACUAUUCAAAUAUUUAUAGAACACCUCUUAUGUGCCAGACCCAAUACCAGGCACUAAAAAUACAGUCAUGAGCAAGAUCACCCAACAUACACAGAGUAACAUAGAACCUACAGAGCUUUCAGUCUAGUGGGGAAAACAAUGAAAAACAAGGAAUGACAGAGGGUGGAGGAAUGCCUGUGGGCAAUGGGAGCAGAGAGCAGGAGUAACUGUUCCUGCCUGGAGGGCUUUCUGGUGCUAUGAUGGGGGAUGAGUAAGGAAUUAAGUGAACAGGUGAGAGGAUAUUCUAGAGAGAGCUCGUGAGACAGAACUAGAUUGAUUUGUUUAAGCAACUAAAAGGAAUUCCACACCCAGUGUUACCCAGUGUGAGGAGAUCUUGGGGGUGGGGCCGGGGAAGAAAUAGCCAGCUGAGAGUUUUAAGCUGGGGAGUCAUGUGAUUAAAUUUGCAUUUUAGAAGGCUCUCCUCCCUUCUUCCUGAGGACAGACUGAAGAAACAUCCAAGCUGGUCUUGAAGGAGAGUGGGAUCCUGUAACACAGCCCCGGAUAUCUGUGUUACCAGCCUUGUCUCGGCCACCUCAAGGAUAAUCACUAAAUUCUGUCUAAAGGACUGAGGAACGGUGCCUGGAAAAGGGCAAGAAUAUCACGGCAUGGGCAUGAGUAGCUUGAAACUGCUGAAGUAUGUCCUGUUUUUCUUCAACUUGCUCUUUUGGAUUCCUUGAAACAAUAAGUGAUUGAAAGGAAAGUCACCCUUUCCAGGGAGGUUUCACUGUACAAAAUUCAGCAAUUGAAUUUCAGAUAUAGGAUGGGUUGGUACUUGUGUAUAUGAGAAGAUUAUUAUAAGUUUGACUUCUCUAGUUUUCUGCCUAGCAAGAUGAGCUUCCUCAAGCAGGGCAUCUUCUCUACAUGGUCAUGGUUUCUACAGAGAAAGCCAUGUGUGAACGACUGAAAAGAUAAGGAACAAGAAGUUAGACCUAUAUAUGGUGAAGAUAUUGUGUGGCUCACAGAAGUGAUCUUUCCUUGGUAUCUGGAGAUGGGUAGGAAGAGUUGUGAGUAGGUCUCCACAUGAGAAAGCUGAGAUUGCCUCUCCAAUGUAAGCACGGAAAAGUUUGGUAAAGAAAUUGUUCAUGAGACUCUUGAUUGAGCCAGUUAAAAAUAAAGUGAUUCUGAUCUCAAGGAAGUGAGAAUAUGAGGAGAUACCCAAGAACCACAUUUUGCUUCAGGAUGUUGUGGGAUUCUUCCUUUCAGAUCUGUGGCUGCUGCAUUUUGGGCUUUGGGAUCUACCUGCUGAUCCACAACAAUUUCGGAGUGCUCUUCCAUAACCUCCCCUCCCUCACGCUGGGCAAUGUGUUUGUCAUCGUGGGCUCUAUUAUCAUGGUAGUUGCCUUCCUGGGCUGCAUGGGCUCUAUCAAGGAAAACAAGUGUCUGCUUAUGUCGUUCUUCAUCCUGCUGCUGAUUAUCCUCCUUGCUGAGGUGACCUUGGCCAUCCUGCUCUUUGUAUAUGAACAGAAGCUGAAUGAGUAUGUGGCUAAGGGUCUGACCGACAGCAUCCACCGUUACCACUCAGACAAUAGCACCAAGGCAGCGUGGGACUCCAUCCAGUCAUUUCUGCAGUGUUGUGGUAUAAAUGGCACGAGUGAUUGGACCAGUGGCCCACCAGCAUCUUGCCCCUCAGAUCGAAAAGUGGAGGGUUGCUAUGCGAAAGCAAGACUGUGGUUUCAUUCCAAUUUCCUGUAUAUCGGAAUCAUCACCAUCUGUGUAUGUGUGAUUGAGGUGUUGGGGAUGUCCUUUGCACUGACCCUGAACUGCCAGAUUGACAAAACCAGCCAGACCAUAGGGCUAUGAUCUGCAGUGGUCCUGUGGUGAAGAGACUUGUUUCAUCUAUGGAAAUGCAAAACCAUUUAUAGCAUGAAGCCCUACAUGAUCACUGCGGGAUGAUCCUCCUCCCAUCCUUUCCCUUUUUAGGUCCCUGUCUUAUACAACCAGAGAAGUGGGUGUUGGCCAGGCAUAUCCCAUCUCAGGCAGCAAGACAAUCUUUCACUCACUGAUGGCAGCAGCCAUGUCUCUCAAAGUGGUGAAACUAAUAUCUGAGCAUCUUUUAGACAAGAGAGGCAAAGAGAAACUGGAUCUAAUGGCCCAACAUCAAAGGGUGAACCCAGGAUAUGAAUUUUUGCAUCUUCCCAUUGUCGAAUUAGUCUCCAGCCUCUAAAUAAUGCCCAGUCUUCUCCCCAAAGUCAAGCAAGAGACUAGUUGAAGGGAGUUCUGGGGCCAGGCUCACUGGACCAUUGUCACAACCCUCUGUUUCUCUUUGACUAAGAGCCCUGGCUACAGGAAUUACACAGUUCUCUUUCUCCAAAGGGCAAGAUCUCAUUUCAAUUUCUUUAUUAGAGGGCCUUAUUGAUGUGUUCUAAGUCUUUCCAGAAAAAAACUAUCCAGUGAUUUAUAUCCUGACUUCAACCAGUCACUUAGCUGAUAAUCACAGUAAGAAGACUUCUGGUAUUCUCUCUCUAUCAGAUAAGAUUUUGUUAAUGUACUAUUUUACUCUUCAAUAAAUAAAACAGUUUAUUAUCUCAA